UAGAAAAGGGAUAUGUAGAGCUUGGACGAGUUAUGCCAAAGUAUGAACGUACCCGAGAUACGAACAAACCAAAGUACAAAUCCACGGGACACUCGUGGCCUACUAUUUGUUACAUUAUUCGGUGUGUUUUUUAUUGUCGUUGUUUUUAUCGUUUUAUUUGAUCUCAUUGGUAUGCAUAACGGUGUUUUUAUUGAUAUGACGGGCAUAACGGAGACCCGGGUAAAUGCUGGAAUUCAUAGCGCCGAGAGAAUCAUUGAAAAUGAUCAACUACCGUGAUCAAGCGUACAGGAUGGAAUAUGGUAUCUGGAGUCUGCAUGCCGCAAGUGGAUUGUGGGGCGAUCCACGGCUGAUUCGACGAGCGGCGGCACUCGUACCACCAGGUGCCCCGCCGAUACUUCCGCGUACCGGAUUUGCCCUGAGUUCCUUACACCAUCCCCUUGAUCCUGGAGCCUACAAGGCUGGUGAUUUGACCGCUAACUCCUCGCACAGUGUCAAUAGUGAUGAGGCGAGAAGUGAGGCUAGCACUCCACUGGAUACCACCAAGAAAUCGGAAGACAACGAAAGCAACAUCGAAAGGAAUGAAGAGGAUGAGGACAACAAUUACAAGAGCUCCCUACCGACAGAAUCUAACGAUAACAACAACGAAGAUGCUGGUGAGGAAAGUGAUACCAGUACAAACAGCUCCCAGCACUCUCGGAGUAAUAAUUCACCGGGGAAAGCAUUGGAUCCCUUGUCAUAUUUUGGGGUGGAUAAAGACGAAGCCAUAACGCCGGUUCUCAAUGGCUGGGUAUUGAGUGCCUACACAGCUAUGCUGGGGAGACUAUCCGCAGCAACAGCUGCCUUGGAAGCCACAGAGGUGCCAGGAAUACCGUCCGACAGUGAGUCUGACAGCGACAGUUCGUCCUACACCGAAAGAUCCAGGGGAGAGAGUCCUGUAACUGGCGCCUACAGAGGCUAUCCCUGUGGCUCUUGCGAUGUCAUAAGCUCAACAAGACCUGCCCUGAGAAAACAUAUUCUCAACAGUCACCCAGCUUCUCCCGAAACGAGCGAUGGGGAUCCCCGGGGGUGUCCGUCAGCAGGCUGCACCUUCACCAGUAACAGCCGAUGCGAGAUGGAGACUCACGUCGCCAGUCACAUGGCUCAGGGAACGACCCAGGGAAAAAAGAGAUCGUUAGCACUCCAACGCGUCAGGUAUAGAUAUGAACGAGAGGAGUACAGAUGCACCAUGUGUACAUAUGCCUGCACCAUUGAGAAGGCAUUUCAAAGACAUCUCAGGGCUCAUGCUAAAGGUGCCGCCCCGGAAACAAGAGUGAGUUGUGCUGUCUGUGGAGCUGACCGAUCUUCCGAAGUUGAUUUGAGCCGACACAUGAGGAGGCAUCGAGAUGAUAGAUAUUUUUGCUGCGACAUUUGUGUAUUCCGUACUGUUCAGCUGAAAAAACUGAUCCAGCAUCGUCGAAUGCACACCGGUGAAAAACCUCACCUCUGCCCUCACUGUGCAUACAGAAGUGCACGUCGUGAUAAUUUACGCAGUCAUGUACGUCGAGUACAUAAGAAGGAAAAUCUCUACUGUGACACCUUCAGUCCACGUGGUAUGCUGAUAGCGCCAAUUCCAUCAGCCACCUCAAUAACAGAUCAAUCGACGACCGCGAAUGUUCAGAGCUCCAACUCACCGAGUCCUUCCAGCCAAGAUAGGGUGAAUUAGCAUUACUAAUUGCUGGCUAAAUUAUGUGUUAUUGUGUGGAUACGAGCUACUCGAAUUUUAACGUCCUCAAUUUGUCAAUAUAACUAGGCCAACUACUGUUGAUAUAAUCUAAUAUUGAUUUCCAAUCUUCAGAUAAGGGUCUCCUAUGAUUUUCUUUAAGAUUUCCGAGUGUCGAUUGAAGAUAGAGGACAAGAAAGAAAAAUCAACCAGGAAUUAACUGGUUUCAGGUGAUUACUGAGAAAAUUUCAAAUAUGGUGCUGAGAAUUUAGUAGACUGAUUCUAUUUUAAUUUAUCAAAGACUGAGAGAGCUGUUAAUUUUUCUAAAUAUUUUGAUUAUAAUUACGUUACCUAUUUUCCUGUCUUCCUCGUGGGAAUACAUUCGUCUAGUCUCUACUAUACGUUGUAGGUGUACUUUAUAAAUGAAUUAAUACUGAAGAUUGUCUUGAAUUUUGAGAGGCAACAGGUUGUACUUUGUGAUUGGCAAUUAAGACUGACUAAGGAUGAAGAUGGAAUAUUUCAAUUAGAUCCCCGAUGAUUGCAGGAGUGCUGGAAUUAAAAGUUACAGAUAUUUCGUCAAAUUCAUGAGGGUCUCUAACUCCACAACAUCAGUCACUACUCCUAGAUUGACAAUUGUUGUUGCAUUCAACUCGAUAAUUCUGUAUUAAGAUAAUUCCGUAUCUCAACAUUGGUCAAUGCACAUUUUGCACAGAAAUAAUUUUCUCGUUUACGUUGACAAAGGAGUUAAUUAAAUCUAGGUUAAUGUGUGUCAAUUUUCAACGUAUGAUAAACUCUAAUUCAAAUCUAUGAACUUGCUAUUAACAUGAUAUACUUUUCAUGGAAAAGGUAUAGUAUAAGCGGAAUAAGAGGCACUCGGAAAAAGAUAUUCUUGCUGAAUGCCUAUUGAUCUAAAGUAUACCGUACAGUAUACACAAUACCUUAUGCUUUUUGAUAAACAAUUAUAUUUAAACUAAUGUUUUAUAUUUAUACGUGAUGUUUUAUUGUGAUGAAGGAAGUGAAAAGUUAAAUAGUUACGAAUCGAUUUAAGUGAACAAAUGACAAUUUUAUACAAUGAUUUUACACUACAAAACGCUUCUGAGCAGAAUAUUGGGUGCAUUAUUGAAAAAAAAAACACACACAAAAAGAAUGUCAAAUUAUUCGCUAUUUUCCGGUUUAUGCAGCUUUCGGGCGAGUGCAUAAUAAUUUUUUGUCGAAUGACGAGACGAAAACAAUUGGAGGGGCACGAGUGAUAAUUGAUUUUCAUUGGCUUUCAAUUUUAAUGACUUGGCUCAAUGUUCGGGAUAUUAUUUUCUUCCUAUUUGUGUCAAUAACUUCUAGGUAAAACAUAAUUGGAGGUCAUUUAAGACCAAGUGUUUAUGAUGAGAAAUAAAAAUUCUGUGAACGUCCGAGCACCAGUAAUUGUUAAAGAAAAAAGUCUUCUAACUGUUGAAUUUUUGCCGUAGUUCAUAAGUGUCCUAACGUAUACUUUAACUAUACACGAUAUGAUAUAUAAAUAUAUAUUCUAUAUUCAUUGUUUCGUAGAUGUAAAAAUGAUAAUAAGAAAUGUCUCGAGUGUCGGCGCGAUUGUGAACAAAAACAGAUUAUUUAGCGAAUGCCAAAUGGUGCCAAUUUCUCCGAGUAGUAUUUGAAUUAUCGCGGGACACUCGAUAUUAAUAAUUACAGCGAUUCCUCUCGAUAAUCCAUUCCUCUUGUUUAAUUUGGUGAAUUUUGGGACGGAAAAUUAAUAAUGAGGCUAAUUUUCGUUGAGGAAUCUCAUAGCGAACAUUUUAAGGAUUAAUACAAUCUCAAUGUGAUAAUAUAUUUGCUAUUAAAGAAGCAUUAUACGAUUACAAUUACUUCACGAAUGAAAGAGUCAACGAGAGCCGCCUACGUAUUUUGAAAAAUUACUGUAACUAUCGUCGUCCAUUUAAUUUUAGUUGGAUAAUUAAUUCAACGCAAAUUCGUUGGAAUUACUUCGACAAGUACAAAUAAGCCGUGAAUGGAAAAACGAAAAUAAAAAAUCGAGGGUCAGUUCAAUUCAAACACGAAAUAAACCAGUAAAUAUGUAAUAUUAGAUAUUUCAAUGUUAUGCAACUGUAAGUGUAAAAUUGAUCAAUUCAGUUAUUGUCUUCCUUCAUGAUCAUUAAAGUUCUACACUUACUCAGUGAAAGAAUGAAUACGAAAACUCUUUGUUCACUGUCUACUGUUAUGCACAACUCUACUUGUUCUCGGCUAAUGACGUAAGUCAAAGAUUUAAGAAUGACAGGAGUGACAGAGAUACAGGAGAAUAAAAACAAU